AAGAGAGCGCGGCGGCCGGACCACGAGUGCCUGGGAAGCGUUCAUGGCGUGGCAGGGGCUGGCGACCGAAUUCCUGCAGGUGCCGGCGGUGACGCGGACCUACACCGCGGCCUGCGUCCUCACCACCGCCGCCGUGCAGCUGGAACUCCUCAGUCCCUUCCAGCUCUACUUCAACCCACACCUCGUGUUCCGGAAGUUCCAGGUCUGGAGGCUCAUCACCAACUUCCUCUUCUUCGGGCCCCUGGGAUUCAGCUUCUUCUUCAACAUGCUCUUCGUGUUCCGCUACUGCCGCAUGCUGGAGGAGGGUUCCUUCCGCGGCCGCACGGCAGACUUCGUCUUCAUGUUUCUCUUCGGGGGCCUCCUGAUGACUCUGCUGGGGCUCCUGGGUAGCCUCUUCUUCCUGGGCCAGGCCCUCACGGCCAUGCUGGUGUACGUGUGGAGCCGCCGCAGCCCUGGGGUGAGGGUCAACUUCUUCGGCCUCCUCACCUUCCAGGCGCCCUUCCUGCCCUGGGCACUCAUGGGCUUCUCAAUGCUACUGGGCAACUCCAUCCUGGUGGACUUGCUGGGGAUCGUAGUGGGCCACGUCUACUAUUUCCUGGAGGACGUCUUCCCCAACCAGCCUGGAGGCAAGAGGCUGCUGCUGACCCCCAGCUUCCUGUGAGUGGGGGUCACAGAAGACUUCCUGAAGCUGCUACUGGAUGCCCCAGAGGAGGACCCCAAUUACCGGCCCCUCCCCGAGGAGCAGCCAGGACCCGUGCAGCAGUGAGGACGACCUCACCCAGGGCCGGGUCACCCCCCACCCCAACCCCGGCCUGCAACUCAGCUCCCUGUCCUGGAGGCCGGGCCCGGGCCCAGGGCUCCCGCCCUGAAUAAACAAGUGACCUGCA